CACCCUGCCUGUAAACGCGAUCCGCCUAGCGGUGGCCAGUCAGCUCACCUCUCACCAGGGAGGUGCUGCAGCCCCUCUCAGCUCGCUUUGGUGUGUGUGUGUGUGUGUGUGCCCACUCCACAGGACUACAGCUGGGCGCUUUCGCUUCUGCGCACCCUCCUCCCUAAACUCCCCUCCCUGCCUUCUCCCGCAAGUGAUCGCAACAAGCGAGCGCGUGCGGAUGGAGGCGGGACUUUUAUUUUUCUCUCUCUUUGGGCAAUGUUGGAGCAUUAGGAGGAAGAUGUUUGGAAUGCACACACACCAGCGCACUCGAGUCGACAGCAUGCCUGGCGCGCGGUCUCCGCACGGUGCCUGCGGAUCACUCUCGGUCGUGGAAGCUUGACUGUACACGGAGGAGGACUGGGGUGUGGGGGGGUGGGUUGUGGUGGGGGAAAGCCCGCCUAGAUGGAAGGACUUUGCAUGGACAAAUGCGACUUAUCUUGGCAAGAGGACACAUUUUCUCAGCCAAUGUACAAAGCGGUAACAUCAAUGACAACAACGGCGAUGAUUCGUCUUCUCGAGUGGAGCUUUCAUCCCACCCUCCGCAAGAAAUAUUGACUUUUAAAGCAACGAGUGAUUUCGGCCACCGCGUUCCCGGAGACUUGAUGAAGCGAGCCAUGGAGAGACUUGCCUUAAAAGGACCCGGCGCCCUUUUGUAGGCUCUUUCUGGUGGACUUUUUGAAACCCUCACAAGUCUUUUUGGGUCUUCUCCGCCACCAUGGCUGAGAAACUGGGACCGGCCGGGCUCAAGCCCGUCUACGUUCCACCCCUUCCCACUGUGCCGCCGGAGCCAAUCGACAUCAUCCGCACCAAAGCCCGCUCCCGCCGGGUCCGCUUGAACGUCGGCGGACUCAACCACGAAGUCCUGUGGCGGACUCUGGAUCGGCUGCCGAGGACCCGCCUCGGCAAGCUGCGGGACUGCAACACGCACGAGUCCCUGAUGGAGGUGUGUGACGACUACAGCCUGAACGAGAACGAGUACUUCUUUGACCGCCACCCAGGGGCUUUCACCUCGAUCCUGAAUUUUUACCGCACGGGCAAGUUGCACAUGAUGGAGGAGAUGUGCGCCCUUUCCUUCGGCCAGGAGUUGGACUUCUGGGGGAUUGAUGAGAUCUACCUGGAGUCCUGCUGCCAGGCUCGCUACCAUCAGAAGAAGGAGCAGAUGAACGAGGAGCUACGCAGGGAGGCGGAGACCAUGAGGGAACGUGAGGGCGACAGCGAGUUUGACAACACCUGCUGCCCGGAGAAGAGGAAGAAGCUGUGGGAUCUCCUGGAGAAGCCUGGCUCCUCUGUCGCUGCCAAGAUUCUGGCCAUCUUAUCCAUCCUGUUCAUCGUCCUCUCCACCAUCGCGCUAUCGCUCAACACCUUGCCGCAGCUUCAGGAGAAGGACGAGUUUGGCCACGCCAACGACAACCCUCAGCUGGCGCACGUGGAGGCCGUGUGCAUCGCCUGGUUCACCAUGGAGUACCUCCUCCGCUUCCUCUCCUCACCCAAGAAGUGGAAGUUCUUCAAGGGUCCACUCAACGUCAUCGACCUGCUGGCCAUCCUGCCCUACUACGUCACCAUUUUCCUCACCGAGUCCAACAAGAGCGUACUCAAGUUUCAGAACGUGAGGCGUGUGGUGCAGAUAUUCCGGAUCAUGAGGAUACUGAGGAUCCUCAAGUUGGCCAGGCACUCCACGGGACUCCAGUCUCUGGGGUUCACGUUGAGACGGAGCUACAACGAGCUGGGCUUACUCAUUUUGUUCCUCGCCAUGGGCAUCAUGAUCUUCUCCAGCUUGGUUUUCUUUGCCGAGAAAGACGAAGACGCCACCAAGUUCACCAGUAUCCCCGCCUCCUUCUGGUGGGCCACCAUUACCAUGACCACAGUGGGCUACGGUGACAUUUACCCGCAGACGUUACCCGGAAAGAUCGUUGGCGGGCUGUGCUGCAUCGCAGGGGUACUGGUCAUCGCCCUGCCCAUUCCCAUCAUUGUCAACAACUUCUCCGAGUUUUACAAGGAGCAGAAGAGACAGGAGAAGGCCAUCAAGAGGCGGGAGGCGUUGGAGAGAGCCAAGCGCAACGGCAGCAUCGUGUCCAUGAACCUGAAAGACGCCUUUGCCCGGAGUAUGGAGCUCAUGGAUGUCGUGGUGGAGAGAGGGGAGGAUAAAACCUCUCUGGACAACCACCUGUCACCUAACCGCUGGGGAGGUUCCACCAGGUUGGCCACCUCGGAAACCAACCUCAAGUCGCCAGAGAAGAGGACCCUGGAGAACGCAGUGGCCGCGCCGAAUUCCCCGCACCGGAUCACCGUCACCACCACCGGGAGUCCGCGGUGGACGAGCAAAACCCCGCAGCACCUCAACGUACAGAAUCUAGAGGAGCUGUACAACCAGAUGACCAAGUCCCAGUCCUUCACCAACCUCCACACGGCCAGCUCCAUGAGCACGCUGAGCACCACCGUUGCCGGCCCGGGGUCACCUAAGAGGUCCCACAGCCCCGAGAUCACCCUCAAGGAAGAGCUGGAGAUGAAGGCGGUGGAUGGAGCCAAGACCAGACACCUCCAGGUACCUUCGCCCCUCCAUCGAACGGCGGUUCAGCUUUCCUCGGACGACAUCCUCAAAGACGGCUUUUACCAAUCUCUUAACCGGGGUGACGGCUCGGAACUCCAUAUAGAGGAAGGUGAGAGUUUCACUAGCGCGGUGGAGAACAUACAGAAAUCUCUUCGCGGGAACAACCCUCUUAAAAUUAAAGUGGGGAAGACGUCGCCCGAGGGCCCGCCGACGCCACCCAGCACCACGUCUCCUGGAGACAUUAGUUCCAGCAUCCUCGAGGAAGAGUCGCCAGAUGGGGAGACGUCACCUCUCAUGGCCAGCUCGGAAGCUCUUAUCCAGGCUGCGGAGGAGGACGAUGAUAAUGACGAGGCGGGGGAGACCGGCCCGUUGGUGGACGACCCACCCGGUGACGAGGGCCCAUCCUCGGGCAACCAUCUGAUGGAGGUGGCCGGUGCCACUGGCGUGCCUCGGUCGCCCAGGGCCACGUCGCAAAACUGUCGCCAAGGCGUGGUCGGACCGGGCGACGGGGAAUCCGACCAAAACGGACACAAAGUAGAUAACCACAUUUUCACGUCUGACAUCCACCUGACACCCGGGGACAGCGGGCUCUCGCCCACCUGCGAGACCAGCAUGUGAUUGCGAGAAAGCCCCCUUGAGGCGAUGUUUCUGCAUGGCAUGGCAAGUCCCUUUUACUUGUGUCGUUGUGUAACGCCCUGACAAACUGCUAUCCUGAAGGAAUCCACCCACGGGUGGAAACAGUUUCCGCUUGUACAUAAAAGACAACCUCCUUUUCCAUUGCACAGAUAAAGUGAUCUGUAAAUAAGCACGCAUUAAAAAAAAAAAAAGACUCAUCUUUUAUGGUGCUUUGUUUGCUGUGUAAAUACUUGGACAUGAAAGGCAAUGACAUUGCACGCAAAAAAUAUUUAAAAAAAAAAAGGACGGUACCAUUGUUAGCAAUGUGAAAAAAAUGGGGCAGGACAACUGUUGUAGCGACCUAUUUAUUAAAAAUAACAUAUCAUUGAUUACCUUCUGUGGAAAAUGCAAAGUGUUCUCGUGAUGACCCUGUAAUUUAUGUUUGUGCGUGUGUAAAUUUUUGUUAUGGUAUUCGAUCACUGACUCAAUUAGUUAGCAAAAAAAAAAACCCAAACAAACAAAAAAAACAUUUUGGUAAUUGUAACGGACACAUUUGAUUUUAGAGAGGUUGUGGCUCACUGUUUAGCACAAUUGUCUCCCAAAAAUAAGUUUACAAAUCGAAAUAUUCAUCCAUCCCUCCAUUUUCUAAUCUGCUUAUCGUCACGAGGGUCGCUGGAGCCUAUCCCAGCGGUCUUCGGACAGUUAGCGGGGUACAUCCUGAACCGGAUGCCAGCCAAUCGCAGGACACACAUUGACGAACAACCAUUCAUGCUCACACCUCGGGACAAUUUAGAGUAAACAAUUAACCUACGGUGCAUUUUUUUGGAAUGUAGGAGGAAACCGGAAUACCCGGAGAAAACCCACGCAGGCACAGGGAGAACAUGCAGACUCCACACAUGAAAGUCGAUACCGGAAUUGAACCCACAAGCUCAGCACUGUGAAGCCGACCUGCUAACCAGUCGCCCACCGUGACGCCACAAAUCGAAAUAAUGGAAGUGAAAAUUAGGAAUUUGUUUGUAAAGGCGGAAGAGAAAAAACAUGAAAAAAACAGAAUGAUGCUACCUGUAAAUCAAAAAAACUUGGUGCAGGUUUUUCACGCAAACAAAACUCCCAGUCUGGAUUUAGCAUCUUUAUCAAGACUCUUGUAGCCAUACGCAUCGGCUUUAUGGUUCGAAAUGAAUCAUGUACUCUCCAGCGUAUCUAUUUAUCUUUUCAAAGUUAUUGGUAAAUUAAAACAAACCCAAAAAAAAGCUUAUUGUUCAAAAAACGUAGUUCUACAGUGGUAGGAUUUGAAUCACUUCCAAUAAUUCAGCAGUAGAUUGAGAGCCAUAAAAAAAGCAAUUAUUAUGAAGACUAUUUAUGAAUUACAACAUCUAUAAGCUUUAUAAUGUAACUGAAUCUAGUUUGGCAAUUUUAGUAAAAAUAUUCCUUCAGAUAGCAAUGGACCAAAUCACAUACACAGAUAAGCUUGUGUCGAAGACACGAAUAUACGUCAUGUAAUUUUCGCACUGUAGCUCUAGUUUUAUACAAGCCUCCCGUUUGUGUUGACCCGUUUUUUUAAAAGUGCUUUUUGGGGGAAAGGAAGCUUCUUCUGCUUGGAUUAAUAAUUUAAUAUUAAUAAUCUUUAUUGGGAUUUGCCCCACUCUUUUUUUUCCCUUUUUUUUGGACACUUCUGGAUAAUUAAAUGUCACGUGUCAAAUGAAUGCAAGAAGAUUAUUGCUGUCCCAGAGAAGCAAACAUAACAGGAGGGUUACAUUUUUAGCUUCCUAAUAAUUGUGUUUGUAUUUUUUCUUUGUGUGUGUGUGUGUGUGUGUAAAUUUAAUUUAUUCUGUUCUUGAUUUCUUCACGCCGACAGAGAGCAUCUCUGGUUGCCUUUCAAUUCCAAUUUAUGGCUGAAUUUUUUUGCGACUCGUGGCUGUAUGUACAAAAUGCAUGUUUGUGGUUGUCUUUAUUUUUAAUUUUGUUUUUUGUUUUUUUGUCUGUCUUGUCAUGAACACGGACGAAAAAGAGAGCGGGUGUGCUGAAAGUACAAGAUAUAUUGUGUAUUAUAUGAUAUAUAUACAAUAUACUAUGUCAACUACUGCAAAAACUAUGCAGGCCUAAAAUUGUGGCACUUUAUUUUCUUCGGUCUACGGGGGGAUUUGUACAGACAGACAAGUGACUAUGUAUUUUUCCACUGUUCUAUCUUUAAUAUGAGGCCAAAAAACAGUAUUACAUGGACACAAGAGAAUUUCACCACAGAGUAAUUGAAAAUUUGGUGGUUAUUUCUUUUUCUUUUGCUUUUUUAAUAUGAUAGGAAUUUUAUUUCAGCAGUUCAAUUAGAAACGUGAAGCUCAGUGACUACACACAGUGAAAUUUUGUUUAGAUUUUUUUUUCUUUGGUCACCUUUUACAGACUGUAUACAAAUCAAUCUAAUUUUUUCCGUCUUGAAAUUGAAGCGCAUCUGUGCGCCAGCAUUUUUCUUUUAAUUAAAUUUAGGACAACAUUUUGCACUGGUCACGUUUACUGUCAAAACAAACACAUAACGUUGCUAACAUGCUAACGAUAGCAUUAGUAGUCGCGGUUUUGGAGCGUUUUAAGUAACAGAUAUUUAAACAAAAACUGUUGUCCUUUCGAGAGAAAAAAAAAGUCUAAUUUUAUAGAGUUUUACUGAGCCCCAGACAGUCGUCUUCUUCUUGAGUAUUUACGUGACGGUAUUAUACUGCCUCCCAGUGGCCACAGCAGGCACAGAAGUAUUAUCAGAAUAAAAUAAAUUGCAGCAUUAAAGAUUA